UCGAUUUGCUGCAGGCGGGAGACCUUCAUGUUGCUAAGAGGAUUCUAACGUUGCAGCUCCGAGUCUCUUAUUGUCGCGGUCUGUAGUUGUCGUCAGUCGGACUAAGCCUCAAAAUGAGAAGAGCAACAGCAAGUCAAAGAAACACCCGUGAAGGACCUCAUUUUUCCAGCAGUGCUCCCGACCCCAUCUCACAUUGUUUCUCCAGGAGAAUCCAAUGAAACCGUCUCAGCUCCCUCACCGGCUUUCUCACCCACCUGCCAGUAGAAUGUGGCCACUUCCUAGCCCUGAGCUGUUCCACGGGGACAGACUGGGUCCACCACGGCACCCUCCUCCACCACAACACCUUCUUUAUCCAACAGGACCAAUCCAUUCUCCAGGGUUUGUUCCAAGCAGCCCAACUUACAUUGCUUCCUCAGGGAAUAGGUCCCAUCCCCUAGCAGGGGGAAGACUGGGUCCUCUGCAGUACCAACACCAUCAACCUCCAAAGUCUGCUCCAAUAUGCCCAACUAACAGCAGUACUACAGCUAGUUGGCCACAGCCCUCACUUCCCAGUAUAUUAGGGAGUAAAAAUGUCAUGCCACAAAGACAAGCGUCAAGCAAGGAUCAAUCCAGUGAUGUGAAGAGUUCCAUAGAUACUAUCCAGCUCCAGAGGCCCCCGCUGACCCCGUCAUUAAACACCAGAGGUGUUCAAGAAGGUUACCCACUGCCCCUCUCAGACUCUGAGCAUUGGAGCCCUGGGAACAGCCAGCUUUCUCCCAGUACCUUGUCUUCUGACGGGAGUAGUGUUUCCAAUAUAACCAUCAUGUACAACCCUGUACCCCCUUGCCAGGACCAACUACAUAAACGAACACCUUCAAGUGAAAACCUAAUUCCAGUAGUGGAUUUGAAUUGCACAUCUCAGAAGAGGCACAGGGAGUUUGAGGACCGUGACGACAGUCCCAAGAAAUUGUGUGUUUUGGGUAUGAACUCUGGCGAAGCCCAGACCCCAAAACCCACUGUUGGCAACUCACUCAGCACUUCACUGCCGUCUCAGCUGUCAGCAAGGUGUUUUUCAGUCUUGGAACAGACACCCAAAAACACAAAUAGCCAUCUGUGCACAGAACCAGAAUGCGGCCCGUCAACAUGCUCUGAACUGUCAUCCACAUUGAAACCUACCCAGCCGUCACUCAAAUCUUGUUUAAAGAAACGACCACCGAUGGGAGCAAAGCAAGUCGAUAUAUAUGCUUCCCAAGAACACAGUUUGAAUGUAAUAGAGUUAAGAUCACCUUCAAAAAAUCCAGAUGAAGAAAGUUUGAGGGAAAAAAGCAAAGUCACCGAUAAAAAGGACACAUUGGCCUCUUUGUUAUCCCCCGAGGUUCCCCAGAUGGACACAGGCAGCUCACCUCAUGUUCAAUUUAGCUGCCACCCCUCUGUUCAUACUUACCACAUUACCUCAAGCUUACCAGGGAAGACCCUCAGCGGAGGUCAUCACAUGGAGGAGAGCAGAAAACCGGACAGUAGCACUCCCAAACCAUCCUCAAAAACCAAUACUGCUUCUGUGAAUUGUCGCUUGGUAGAACGGAAUAAAACUUCCCGUCCACGAAGACCUGUUGCAAUCCCGACUGAUUUAGAUGAGCUAUUCACCCCUGAUCCCAUGACCUAUGUAGUCAGCUCUGGCCAUAAGACUGCAAAGUCCAAGAUGGUUGGGAUCAAAUCCCCCGCCUCAGAGCACAGCUGUUCAUCCAUCGCUGUGACCAGCGACAGUACUCCAGUUACUGAAUCCUCUGGUCGCAACACUAGUUCUCUUGCAGUCAACACCAAAGUCUCUUCUGUGUCAUCAGUACAACACUCACAAGUCACCAUGCCAAUUGUAGCUUUAGAGCGGUUACGAUUUGAAAACUUUGAAUCCACUUGUUCAAAAGACUUAAACAACCCCCUCCCUUCUUCAGACAGACGGCUUAAUGAUAAGAGUUCUAAAUCUGAGGACAAACACACAGCUCUCCUCCCCAACAAUGUGACCGGCUGUGCUUUAGAGACUGGCCCCUCAACUUCUUCAUCCCAUCGUUCUCCCUCUCCGCUGCUGGAGAGGCGGACAAGUGAAGGUCGUGGAAAGCCGGUGAUUGAAGAGGAUCCUUCAGAUGUUGAACUGGACCUAGACCUGAGCUUUGCGGUAGAUUUGGAUCUAACCCAGAGCUCCCAGAGCAGUGAGGAGGACCAGCUUCUUUCCUUGCAGGAGAUGAUGGAGCAUGUUACGAAGCCUCCAGCUAAACCAGAGAAGGAAGCCUUCUCAGAGCCUCGUAAACCUCGACAUCACAACUGCCCAUCAAAAACGCAGUCAUUGCCAAACCCAAAGUCAGGCAUCUAUAAAAACAAUCUUGACCAGAUGCUGAAGGAAAUAAACACCAAUAAAAGAGCUAAAGAUAUUGAGGCAGAAAUUCUCUCUGCAUGUCAAGAGGACCUACUGAAAAUAGUGGAAUAUGAAGAGGCUGAACAGAACCGGGAAGAGGGCAUCUCCAAUGAACAACAGGAAUUCCUGCAACGCUAUUCUUUGAUGUCCAACGCUAUCCGAGAAGUGCCUCCAGGCGAAGCCGUGUUCAACCUGGAGAAGUUUGGGCGGAUCUUCGACCAAGAUACGCUGCAUCUCAGGCGAUGCAUGGUCAAUCCACAGGGGACAGCCCAGAAAACGCUUCUUUGGUCUAGCCCUGCUCAACUGAGAUUGCACAUAAAUAUCGGAUUGUUCCAGGAAGCUUACGACUGUCGCUCGCCCUGUCCAACUCAGGUUACCCGUUUCCUAUUUAAGAUGAUGUCAGUCCAUAGUGAGAGGCUGGUAUCCGAAAAGAUACUACAGACUCUUUGCGACAUCGCCUGCACUGCUGCUUAUCAGAUAGUGAAAAAUGGAAGCCAGCAGUUUCAAGUGUGGGUUCCCAGUUUGGCCGAUGUGGCCCUUGUUUUGAUGAAUAUGGGAGUUGCGUUUGUUACUCUCUUCCCUUUUGAGGAUCUGCAGCCUCCAUUCACCGAGGGAGAUUUGCUGGAGGACAUUUAUAUCAAAAGCGAGAGUCCCUCCAGUAAGAAGGAACAGAACCCGUUCCCCGAACACAACUGCAACAACAUCUUGAAGUACCUGUCUUACUGUAUGGGCCUCUGUCCACGAGUGUACAGCGACGAUGAGCUGCUGUUGCUGCUCGCUGUGGUGGGAAAGGUGGGCCUGGACACGCGGCUCCUCCUCCAAUCUGGGGUGGAAUUGUACCCUCUACAGUACAAAAUUAUCAACAACAUCAGGGACUGGAACACCAUGCUGCCAAGAAUCUGUAUGGCCCUUACUGAUCUGACAGAUGACCACCACAACAUGUGCCUGCUAGUUCAACUGCUGCCUGACAACACACGUGGAAAGCAACUGCGACGACAUCUGAGCCUGUCCAUGAUCUCUAAAUUGUUAGAUGGAAAUUGUACUUACAGACCUACAGAAAAUGAGUUUCAGCUCUCUGAUCUAAGGCCCUACCUGCCCCGUAUGCAACCCUCCUCGCUUCUCCGAGGCAUGCUAAGCUCCAGCAGGAGUCACAAAGAGAAGGAUGAGGACAUGGCCACCCUAGACCAACAGUCCUACUACCUCUGCUAUAGCCUUCUGACUUUGGCAAAUGAAGCUUCCAGCUAUCAGUUCUUCCCAGCUCAUCAAAAGAGACAACUGCUGUCUCUGUGCUCCGAGCUGGAAACGCACGUUAAGUGUGACAUCAGAGAGAGUGAGAAAUGUCUUUACCGGAGCAAGGUCAAGGACCUGGUGGCCAGGAUCUACACCAAGUGGCAGAUGCUCCUUCAGAGGACCAGGCCUCUCCAUGGCAAGUUGUAUGAUUAUUGGCAACCUUUGCCUGUUGAUGAAUUGACAAGCAGCCAAGAUGAGCAGGAGAUUGACAACAGUGAUGAUGGAGAGGGGCCUGUGAUGGAGGAGGAUGAAGAAGAGGGAACCAAUGAAACUGAAGAUAUUCUAAGUAUUGCGGAGGACGAGAACGAGGAGGACAGAGACGAUACAAUGGAUGACUCAAAUGAGACGAGGGACAACUCGAAUCCAGAAGAAAAGUUGGGAGAUAAUACAAUGGAUGACUCAAACGAGACGGUGGACGACUUGAAGCUAGAAGAAAGGGAGUUGAACCAAGAGAUGGAUCCUAAAGUACGCAAGCAAUUAGAGGCUGGAAAGAUGGAGCGUACUGAGGGGGAGACUGAACAUCUGUUUGAGACCAGAGAAACCUCUCACCGCAACCAGGUUGCAAGCAUUUGAUUUAGUGUCAUAGGGAUUUGAUUUAUUAUCAGCUCUUGCCUUAAUUUUAAGAUCAAUUUGCACUAUUUGCUCGUCCUCCUCUAUCCCUAACCCUCAAGUUUCAUUGUCAGUUCACAUACGAAUUGUAUAUUUAUGAAUAAACAUUUUUAAGAGAAGUUAAUUUUUGGUUUGUGUUGUACAAAAAGAUAGAUAUUGUCUUUUUAAAAUAAUCCCUUGUUCAAAUUCUAUGUACAUUACUUCUCGCUGCGCCUCUGUUUGGACUCUUACGUGUGUAUAAAUUACAGCUGUUGAGUUCCCACAACAACCUGUGUUUGAUGGGAGGGCUUGUUCUUUUUUAUCCUUGUUCUGCUAUGUUCAUUUGUUGAAUUGAAGUCAUUUGUCACUGUGCAACUCUGAAACGUGAAAGCCAUGUGCCAUAUGAACAACUUUCUCCUGCCUCAAGUGGAAUCAUGUGACACUGUUCAAAUCUACUACAAAACCAAGCUUGUUCUGAGGUUGGUCACCAGUUAUUUUUUAGUUACGCCAGUGGUAACUGGAGUAAGAUCCGGUCGGAACCCACAAGCAUUCCCAAUAACAAAGCUUUGUUAUUUCCAAAUGUCCCGGUAAAGUAGAGACCUGAAUGGAUUUCUGCCAUAAAUAUUUUUUUACGUUUACACCUGUAUGUUUCUUACUGUGACAAAAAAAUCUUAAAUUUACUGUAGAUAUGAGUCCUGGUGCACAUAAUCUUGUUUGUUCAAUUAUUGUAAUACUGUUGCUGUUUUGAUGGAUGUGUGCAAUUUGUAAGACUCCUUUUUGGAAAAUAUUUUUUUAAUUAUUAAUACUUUUUUAUAGAUGUUGCCAAAUAAAGAAAGUAAACUGUU